AUGUUUGACUUUUGGCCACUUUUUCAAGGCUCCUGGCCCUUUGUGCAGUGUGACAUUUCAAAAGAAGAUUUAACCGAUAGAAUCGCAUAUUUUAAAGAUAUUUUGAUGAAAUUUGAGUUAAUUUAUGCCGAACCCCCAAAGAAAUUUACGCGCUCUGCCAAAAAAGUUGCAGGAAAAUUAUUUGAAAGUUUUGUUAAAAUGUUGAGAGAGUACACGAUGGUAGAGGAAGAGGAAUAUUUUUCGUCGAACGAAGAAGAGGAACAGACAUUGACACCGCCAACGUUGGAGGAAGAAUAUGUGCCACCAUGUAAAAAUAUUUCGUCUAUGGACAGGGUGCCCUUUGAUAUUAAAUUGAAGAUUGUCAUGACCGCAAACAAACAUCCUACAUGGAAUUUUUAUGGUCUAAAACACGAUUAGAUUAGAAAAGACAUAAUAAAAGGUGGUAUAUAUACGGAUAAAAUGGAAAUUAUAAAAAAAAAUGUCUACGAUCGAUUCACAGAAACACGUAGGCGGAAACAAUUAGUGACAAGACGACAAUUACAGCAGUGGGCUACGGCUGCUGCGAUGCAAUUUCGGGAUGCAGUUAACGAAGAUGGAAGCAGGUUUCAAUUUACAGCAUCGGCAUCGUGGAUAACAAACUUUCUUAAAGUUUACAGAAUUUCAAAUCGUCGUGUUGUACAUUAUGUAUCGAACAAAGAAAUUACAUCGCCGGAAGAAAUUAUGAAAUCUGCGAUACAUUUUCAAAAUUUAAUAGUCAAUUACGAUUCUGAUUAUAUUAUUAACCCUUUCGGUACGAGCGCCGGAUAUAUCCGGCAUCCAUCUGAUGACCUGUGUGGACGAGCGCCGGAUAUAUCCGGCAUCCGUCUGAUGACCUGUGUGGCCGAGUGCUGGAUAUAUCCGGCAUCUAUGAUAUGUGACAAUCCGUGUGAAAAAACGAACAAGUGA